CUCAUUUUUGGCUUGUAUACAAAGCUGUCUCAAUUCCUCUGUAGGUUGUGAGCAGCUACUUCCCUCAAGUGUCAAAGUAUACGGCAGAUCCACAUUUCAUCAUGCAUAUCAACUUCUUCGUGGGAGUUCUGAUUACUCUCGUGUGCGGCGUCUCUUUUGGUUUAGGACAAGUUCCAUAUGAUCCAACGCCGUUCAACAUCGUUGGCACUAUCAAUGGCAUGACAUUAAAUGCAGGUGGUCCCUUAGCAGGGGGUUCGAUCAUUGUAGAUGGCCAAAUGAUCACGGUUCCAAGCAACCUUCUUGCCACGCUUCCGUCAGUCAGUGUUGCUUGGGGAGAGCUCUUCAAAAAUGGAGUCGCAAAUUUACCGGGCGGUAUCUCAUGGGAAGCAAAUGUGAUUGGGAAUCGUGUCAAUGGUCAAUUCAUCGCGGGCUUGGUUUACAUUUCCCAGCGAUCAACCCAAACAGUCCAAGGGUUCAUCACCUCAAUCGAUCUCUUGACUGGCCAUUUCAAAAUCAACGGCGAUGCAACAGGCUCAGGGGGCAUUGAUUGCGUGAUUAAUGAUCCUGUUGGCCGUUACGGACGUCCCUAUACUGCAAACCCUCUUUGGGCGGCGGACACGGAUAAUCCAAGCAUCCACGCACAGAAUGGUUUUCCGAUGUGCAUUCCUAGAGACAGUUCCGACCUGCUCUGUCCAUCCAAGAAUCGUCCGCUGAACUCAGCUGGUGCUCCACUAUCCAUUUACACCUUCAAAGACCCUUCUACUAUUACAAGCUCUGAUCCAGAUGCCCGGUUGAUGGCUCCUCUUCUUGUUGGAGACUAUGUUGACCUUUCCGGGACUCUGACAGGGUCCGGGCUCCUUGAAGUUUACAGUCUGAACGCCAAUCUACAGUUCUUCACCGCACCGGGCAAAACGCCCGCAUAUCUGUGGUGUGAAGAAGCAAUCUACGGCCUUGUCACGAAUCAAGGAGGCGAAAAUGGGGAGACUCGAGCGGUGGUAUGGACCUCUGACCCCACCACACCAAUUCAAUGGUUUGCCGUCGAUGUCGACCCUUGCACCGGAAGCGUGACUGAGCGUAACCUUGUUCUGCAACAACCUACGACUGUCGCUCCGACAGGCAGAGCCGUCUAUCGACUUGGCACUACCAACGCCAGCCCUGCAACACGGCAAGUGGGCUUUCGCCUCCGCACCGGGACCUCACUCACAUCCAAUAACAUCACUGCAGGGCAAUAUUUCCAGCCCAUCUUCGAAUACACUUUUCCCGAACUUACAGCAUUUGGGACCCCGGUUUUCCCGAACCUCUUCGAUGUUAUUCCUUACCUUUCUCAAGGAUCCGGUCCGUACAUUCCAGGAUCCUUUGAAGUACCUCCUCCGGCAAGUGAAGUGAUUGUAGGACAACUGAGCCCUUGGCCCGGUGCUUCGGCACCCGCAACUACGUCUUGUGCACCAAGGCCAACUUCCACGAUAGCGCCACCUUCUACUCUGACCACAACCACCUCAGCUCCUGCCACAACCACUUCAGUGGUUCCCAAAGACACAAUAACAAUUAUUUCGGCGUCUCAGAGCUCCACCAGAGGAGUAAUUACGGUGACGGCCAGUGCGUCAAGCAACAACCCUAAUGCACUGCUCUCGAUGGCUGUUGCUGGUUCCAACCCAAUUUCCGCCACGGCGAUGACCAAAAGCGGAUCAACAUUUAGCCUGAGUAUCAGUGUGAAGAGCAAAGGAACCAGCGUCACGAUCACGAGUCAGUUCGGAGGAUCAACAACAGUUGCAAUCAAGUAGACUUAGGUGUUUCAACAAUUCUCGUCAUAAAAAUUCAGCCUUUCAACUUCGCUUCAGCUUGAUUCCUUGAUUACCCUUUCUGUUUUCCUUACUUAUCUUAGGGCCUGUGUCUCAACCUUCAAAUACUAGCUUUCAACUAUUAGAAAUAAAAG